AUGGAUACGGAUAUGGAGACAGCGUCGGAUGCCUCGGUCCGGUUCGUCGAAUCCGACUCAGGCUCCGACACGGCGGGACCUGCUGCCGACCGCCGCGGCAAUUCUAAGAAAAGUGGGCUCAGUCGAGCAAGGAUAGAGCUCAAAGCCAAUGAAGAUGAGGAGAGAGAACUCGCUUUCGAGCGGACCCUCAGAAGCAGGGCGUUUAAAAAAACGCCUGUGGUUGUCCCCGAGCCUGAAGAAGCUGCUUCGUUAGCCAAGGUGGAUCCGGCCCUCCAGAGCAACGAGGAGCUCCGCGCAGAGGCUGGCCGUAGUGCACGCGAGAUAAGAGAGGUCGCGCUGAAGUCCUCCAACCUCAAAGGAGGCUUCAUCAAGAGGCUGAAGGACGCAGCGGCCUCUCUGGAAGGCGUCGUCGAAGCUCUGGCGUCCCGGACGGAGGCCGACGAAGCCCGUAACCUCCGUGCGGAUAACAGUCGCCUGCGCAGGGAGAUUGACUCCCUCAAGGCGGAGCUAAAGGCCCACCGCCGUGAGUACGCGGAGAUGCGUACCACGGUGGCAGCGGCGACCGAGGCGGCCAACACCCCGCGAGGCGCUCCUUCGAUGGAGGAGCUCAAGGACUUCAUCGUCACGUCGAUCGGCGCGGCGAUGAAGGACCAAUUGGCGGGCCUGGAGGAGCGCCUCCCUGCGAGGAUGCAGCGACCUCCAUCCGCGGCAGAUAAAACGCAGAUGUCGCAGGGACCACCGCCGUCUAUCUCGACGGCCCACCAGGACGGAGGUGUUGGAGCCCCAGCCAAGCCUAGGAAGGCGGCUCCUCUGGCCGCUCAGACCACGCCCACCGCUUGCCCACCGACCGCACCGGCACCGGCGACGUCCCAAACACCACCGAACCAGGAGACGUCCUGGUCAACGGUGGUGAAGAAGGGCAGGAAGGGGAGCAAGACCACCCCUUCCGACGCUAAAACGCUGCCGAAAACGCCCCAGCCAGCCAAAUCGAAGCUGGUUACCCCUCGCUCGGCUGCAAUCGUUCUCACGUUGCAGCCGGAAGCAGUAGGGAAGGGUGUCACCUACGCGCAGGCGCACCACACCCUGAGACAACGAAGUGCUCAACGAACGGAAACUGGCGAUAUGGCGGUGGAGGUGGGCGCCCCGAUGGCGCGCGCUGAAACUGAUGACCUUGGCUUGAACGAAGGACUAGCUGCCCGGCCUGUGCGACUCUCCGAGUCGGACUUGUCGGUCUGCAGCAUGUUGACGGUGGAGUCGGGAGACAUACCACCUAAGAGGCAGAAGGGUGAAAAGCGGAACCACACUGAGAAAAGCUGCUCUGGCUCCGAGAGCGACGCGAGCGUGCAGCUGAGUGACAACUCGGAAUCCUCAGCGAGCAGGGAAGUCGCAGGCGGAGUUCUGCGAGUGAAGUCGAAGGCGAAAACGGAUCGCUUCCAAACAGAGGACGCGUUGGCCGCUUACAACGAAGCGGCCAAGUUGGCGUUGAAAGAGAGAGCGGCCUGCUCUAGGAACCGACAGAUAGAAGCACAGACCGAAGAUGCACCGAAGACGUCCGCCGCUUUGGACGCGACCGUCCAGCAGGCGCUAGACGUGGUGCUCCAGGUUGCCGACAAAUCGGGCAACCUGAAGGGUACUUUCGUCAAGGCUCUGAAGACUGCCGCUGACACCAUCAAGGGUGCGGUGGCGAAACUCAGAGCUCUGACCAUGUCAGAGGAGGUGGACCGCCUGGAAGCUGCUAACGCACAGUUGCCACGGGCCAGUUGGCCGAACUACGGAGAGAGGUGGCUGAGAUGCGUAAGAAGCCACAAGACACCAACGGAGAAAACCUUAAGCGCAUCAUAG